AUGCCCUUUGAGAAACCCGCCUUCGAUGACCUGCCGCUCGACAAGACGGGCCCACCCGGCAAUGCCUGGGGACUGUUCGGCCCCAAUGAUCAGUGUGGCAUGCUGAAUCUCCUCACCUCCGAACGCACCAGUGCAGCGGCGCGAGAGAUCAUCGACGGAGUGCGCAUCUCCACCGACUGGGCCCUCGAUCGCAUCACCACCCCCGCCUUUGAUCGCGCUCCAUUCGCCCAGACCAUCUCCAACAAAGCCCCGGCAUCAGUCAAUGACGAUAUCUUGCAGUUCAAUACGCAGACCAGUUCGCAGUGGGACGGUUUGCGACAUUACGGAUACCAGAAGGAGCAACUGUACUUUAACGGUCGCACCCUGGACGAUCUGUUGACUAGCAAGGUCAAUGGCAUUCACGCGUGGGUGGAAAACGGCGGCAUCGUCGGACGUGGAGUCUUGCUGGAUUAUGCCGCCUGGGCCGAGGCCAACAAUGUUCCACUCCAGGCAUUCACCCCUCAGUCGAUCACGGUAGCUGUCCUGGAUGAAAUCGCCAAGGCUCAAGGGACCGAGUUGAAACCCGGGGAUAUUCUCCUGAUCCGAUCCGGAUGGGGACGGGGAUAUGCACAGCUGUCGCAAGAGGAGAUCACCGCGUUGGCCAAUGCCCCAUUGCCGCCGGCCAUCGGACUGGAGUCCUCGGAGGCAACGCUUCGAUGGCUCUGGCACAAGGAGUUUGCUGCCGCCGCCGGCGAUAUGCCUAGUCUGGAAGCGUGGCCAUGCCAGGACACCAAGUAUUGGCUACACGAAUGGCUCCUGGCUGGUUGGGGGCUUCCCAUCGGUGAGAUGUUCGAUCUGGAGCAGCUGAGCGAGGAGUGCCGAAAGAGGCAGCGCUGGUCGUUCUUCUUCAGCAGUGUCCCGCUGAAGGUUCCCGGAGGUGUAGCAAGCCCUCCCAACGGGGUCGCUAUCUUGUAG